CAUCCGCAACUGGGGUGUCGGUGCGAGUUGUCUCUUCCUGUGUGAACAUGGUGCGGACUAAAGCAAACUACGUCCCAGGAGCCUACAGAAAAGUGGUGGCUUCUCGAGCCCCUAGGAAGGUGCUUGGCUCCUCCACCUUUGUCACCAAUUCUUCAUCAUGUUCGUCGAGAAAAGCUGAAAAUAAGUAUGCAGGAGGGAAUCCAGUUUGUGUGCGCCCAACUCCGAAGUGGCAAAAAGGCAUUGGAGAAUUCUUCAGGCUGUCCCCUAAAGAUUCUGAGAAAGAGAACCAGGUUCCUGAAGAAGCGGGAUGCAGUGGCUUAGGAACAGCAAAGAGAAAAGCACGUCCUUUGCAACCUGAUCACACAGAUGACGAAAAUGAAUAGAACUCACUCGUCUGAAUA